CUGCCACGCAUGCGCGGCGCGGAGCGGAGGAGGAACUGUGCGCGGAGCUGAAUGCGGAAGCGGGCGCCGCGGGAGGGGGUCUGUCGCCAUGGCGACCGCGGCGGAGGGGCUGCCUGAGGCCGGCGCGCAGCCCGCUAAGCCUAACUGUCCCCUCACCCUGUAAUAUCUGUACCCCGAUCAGAGGAUCCUGCUGUGGAAACAGCAGAGGAAGCUAAGGAGCCAGCAGAGGCAGACAUCAACGAACUCUGUAAAGACAUGUUCAGCAAAAUGGCCAUUUAUUUAACAGGUGAACUGACAGCCACCAGUGAAGACUACAAACUCUUGGAAAACAUGAAUAAGCUGACUAGCUUGAAGUACCUGGAAAUGAAAGAUAUAGCUAUAAACAUUAGUAGAAAUCUGAAGGAUUUAAAUCAAAAAUAUUCUGCUCUUCAGCCAUACCUAGAACAAAUCAACCUGAUUGAGGAACAGGUUGCAGCUCUGGAGCAAGCAGCUUAUAAAUUGGAUGCAUAUUCCAAAAAACUUGAAGCCAAGUACAAAAAACUGGAGAAACGAUGAAAUUACAACAGUUAUUGGAGUUGGACUAUGAGUCAGACUGAUUUCUGUUUAUGUUGCACAGCAGCAAUUCUGUAUGUUGGCAAGGAUUUAGUUAAAGCUAACAUCAAGACUGGUAAUGUUUUUAUCUAUUGGGUACAGUAGGCUGUAUUCAGGCUUAAGGCUGAAUAAUAUUUUCCUCUUUUGAAGAGGUUCUGUCGCCUCUGUUGUUCUGCAGUGAGAAGUAGAAGCUUGUCCACAACCCAUAUGUUGAUAACUGGCUGUCUGUGUUUUAGUUCUGUUGUCUCUCUUGAAAUGCUCUGUCUAUGAAAAGCCCUCCAUAUAGGUCUGUAAAGACAUUUUCCCUUAGUAGCAGCAGGACCUAAAUUUCAUUUUUUCCUCACUGAGUUCUGCAGUGGGGAAAUACUUCGAGCCUUUGGAGUUACAAGCAUGGUAUUGAAAACACUUGUUUUAGUAUCCCCCUUUAACUGUUUGAAAUAGAGAGGCUAAUUAGUAUGAAUUUAUAAUAAAAAACUUGCUUCAUUUUUCUCUCUGGAGUCUCAAAUUCCUGUUGUAAAGAUUAUGUAAAUUUUCAUUUUUUUUUUCAAAGGGCCUGUUAAUAAAGACAAACUCCUUCUAGCUAC